AUGACAUUACGGGCGGCAUUGACCGAUUUCGCGGUGUCCCUCUCUCGCUGCUACUUGGAACGGGAUUAUCUGGAUGACUCGUACCUGCCGGAACGAGAACCGAACAGUGUGCCUAGUACGAACACCAGCUCGUUAGCCGGAGACGCGUGUGAUUACGCAGAAACGGAUGAUGAACGCGUGAUCCGAACCUCGUUUAUCGAGUUUAGCAAGAUUAUUCGAAAUGUGGAAGAGGCCCGGAAAACUAUGCUGGUAGGUCUUCUGUUUCAUAUAUGUGUUGGUGCUUAUCUAGCUGUUCGACGGAAUAAAUACUCAACAAACAACAACGAAAGCGGAGACACGGAACUGUACGGUUAG